AUGGCUAUCCAGAAGAAAUGGGACAGUAUCUGCCAGCAGAAUCACUUCAAUCAAACUUUUUCCAAAGGAUAUACUAACCAGUUCGGUUAUCAAUUUCCACGUGUCAUGGGGUUCCAAGCAGCUGAAGACAGGAAAGAAAAUGUGAGCUAUAACCUUAGCAACCAUUCAAAUGAGCCAUCAAAUGAACGGGGAAACAAGACCAUGUCAUCAAGUUUGUCCACUGAUUUACGACAGAGUUCUUCAUUGAAAGGUGUUAAUUCAUCAGAUAUGCUGUCGAAGGCCAAUCUGAGUAUUUUGCCGAAGUCUGGUGAAAUUCCUUCCGACUCAAAAGGAGAGCCAGGUGGUGUCAAAUCUCAUCAUUUCGAUUCUUUGAGUGCCAGCAUAAAUAAUAGUCACACUUCUCCAACUUCGGUUACUUCAGUGACUACUGAUUUAGGCUUGGGGAUUAUUUCUGCGUCUGCAAGCCGAGAACCGGAGGAUCAAUCUCGUUUGGAUCUUGUUCAGGACUUAUCUCCGGAAAACUUGGAGAAGCUCACCCCGUCCAUCUCAAACUGCCCAUCUCAAUCAUCUUCAUGUUUCUACCACGAUAGUCUUAUGCACUCUGAUGUGAAAGAUCCCAAAUCACUUUACAGAGCACUUGUAAAAAGAGUUGGUCAGCAAGAAGAAGCUAUCAGUGCUGUUGUCCAAACAAUAACUGAAUCCCAAACAAAAGGUACUGGUCUCCAUGGUAUUAGCCGUAGAAAUAUAUGGAUUAAUAUUCGAGGACCUGAUAGAUUGGGCAAGAAAAAGCUCGCUUUGGCGCUGGCUGAACUAUUGUAUGGAAGCAGAGAAGGUCUUAUCUACGUGGACCUAAGUUUCCAGGAUGAGAUGAUGCACACAGAUGCUCUAUUCAAUUCCCAAGUGACAAAUAAAUAUGACUUAACAAUGAGAGGUACUGUUGUUGACUACUUAGUAGAAAAGCUGUGUAAAAAGCCAUCCGUUGUCUUCCUUGAGAAUAUCGAUAAGGCUGAUCUUGUCGUUCAGAAUAGCUUGUCUCAGGCUGUGAAGACCGGUCGAUUAACAGACUUACGUGGAAGAGAAGUAAAUAUUAGCAAUUGUAUCUUUCUGGGAGCUACACGGUCGAUUGAAAGUAGCCCAAGUAUUUCCCCUGGCAAGGAGUCGUCUCAACACACCGAGGAAGAUGUAUUAAAUGCAAAGGGAAGUUCAAUUAAGAUGUCCAUCAGAUUCGAUCUUAAUGAUAGUCCCACUAGUGAAAACUUACAUCCUCCGGACGCCACAAGAAAAGGGCUUUCUGACCUGUUUUUAAUGAACAAAAGGAAGCUUGUUGCAGGGAGCAGAAGCAUGGACCUGCAUGGAAGUUUGGAGUCCCCAAAAAGAGCACACAAGGCACCGAAUUCCUACCUGGACUUGAACCUUCCUGCCGAAGGAAGUGAAAUAUGCAACACUUGCUCUGGUGAGUCUGACUCUGAUUCCAGUUCCGAAAAUUCCAGGUCAUGGCUAGACGAGUUUGAAGGACAAAUCCAUAAAAUCGUAGUUUUCAAGCCAUUUGAUUUCGACACACUUGCUGAGAAACUGUUCAAGAACAUGAACGAAUGUUUGCAAAACGUGGUUGGCUCUGAAUGCUCGUUGGGAAUAGAACCAAAGGUCAUGCUUCAGCUUCUUGCGGCUGCAUACUUAUUCGGAUACAAGAGGGUGGAAGAUUGGAUUCAGCACGUUCUUGGUCGGGGGUUUAUGGAAGCCAUCGGAAAGUUCAGCCUCAACGCUGGUUCCUUUGUAAAACUUGUUACAUACAAUGGCAGUCUUCCUGAAGAGCAACCUGAAGGUCUACUUCCAGCCACAAUUAUGAUGAAGUAG